AUGUUGGACGAAGCACACGAACGUACGAUCGCGACCGAUGUGUUGUUUGGUCUGCUGAAACGAACAGUCAAGCGGAGACCAGACCUCAAGAUCAUCGUCACCUCUGCCACGCUCGAUGCCGACAAGUUUUCGUCUUACUUCAACGAAGCGCCAAUCUUCACCAUUCCCGGAAGGACAUAUCCUGUUGAAGUUCUCUACUCAAAAGAGCCAGAGAGCGACUACCUCGACGCAGCGCUAGUGACAGUGAUGGAAAUACAUCUCGCAGAACCAGCAGGUGAUAUCCUCGUAUUCCUCACGGGUCAAGAAGAGAUCGACACGGCUUGCGAGGUGCUUUACGAGCGAAUGAAAGCACUAGGCCCUAAUGUGCCUGAACUUCUUAUCCUGCCUGUGUACUCAGCGCUACCGAGCGAGAUGCAGAGUCGUAUUUUUGAUCCCGCGCCUCCGGGCAGCCGGAAGGUUGUUCUUGCUACCAAUAUCGCCGAAACAUCUAUCACCAUCGAUGGCAUUUAUUACGUGGUCGACCCAGGCUUCGUCAAGCAGAAUGCGUAUGACCCGAAGCUUGGUAUGGAUUCGCUAGUGGUGGUGCCCAUCUCCCGAGCCAGUGCACAACAGCGUGCCGGACGAGCAGGCAGGACAGGUCCAGGCAAAUGCUUCCGACUCUACACACAACAAGCGUUCGAGACAGAGAUGCUUCCGACAACGAUUCCCGAAAUUCAACGGCAGAAUCUGGCCCAUACUAUUCUCAUGCUCAAGGCCUCUGGCAUUAACGACCUCUUGCACUUCGGCUUCAUGGACCCACCACCCAUGAACACAAUGCUCACGGCGCUCGAGGAGCUCUACGCCCUCUCGGCACUUGACGACGAAGGACUGCUCACUCGCCUCGGCCGCAAGAUGGCCGAUUUCCCCGUGGAUCCCUCUCUCGCCAAGGCUCUCGUGUAUAGCGUCGACCUCGGCUGUUCCGACGAGAUGCUGACCAUCGUAUCCAUGCUCAACAUACAGACUGUCUUCUACCGGCCCAAGGAGAAGCAGUCGCAGGCUGACCAGAAGAAGGCCAAGUUCCACGACCCCCACGGCGACCACCUCACCCUCCUCAACGUCUUCAACGCCUGGAAGAACUCGGGCUACUCCAACGCGUGGUGCUUCGAGAACUUCAUCCAGAAUCGCGGCGUGAAGCGCGCCAAGGACGUUCGCGACCAGCUCACCCGGAUGAUGCAGCGCUACCGCCACCCAAUCGUGUCCGCGGGGCCGCGCGACACGGAGAAGGUCCGGCGUGCGCUGUGCUCCGGCUUCUUCCGCAGCUCGGCGCGCAAAGACCCGCAGGAGGGCUACAAGACGCUCAUCGAGGGGACCAACGUCUACCUGCACCCUUCGUCGGCCCUCUUCGGCAAGAACGCCGAAUGGGUCAUCUACCACAGCCUGGUCAUGACCAGCAAGGAGUACAUGCACAUCACCACGGCCAUCGAGCCCAAGUGGCUGGUCGAGGCGGCCCCGACCUUUUUCAAGGUUGCCCCCACCGACAGGCUGUCCAAGAGGAAGAAGACGGAACGGAUCCAGCCGCUGUACAACAAGUUCCAGGGCGAGGACGACUGGAGACUCAGCGCGCAGAGGCGGGGUGGCCGGGGUGGUGGUGGUGGUGGAACGUGGGGUUAAGUUUAGGUUGUGUCUUUCCUUCAUUUGGCGAUCGAAGAGGAAAUUGACACUUAUUAGAUGUUCAUAUUUGCAUUGUCUUACUAGCCUACAUGCUGCUAUGUCACACAAGUAAUAUUUGUAAAGAAAACAGCGGCAUGCAUUGGUACCUUGGUGCCUUUUGCCCUCUGGUCAGCUGAUUAGAGAGGCAUGCAAAGCUCAUCUACAAAUUGGUUUAU